AUGGCAUCAUCCGCAAAUUUCGGGCCUCAGACAGUAUGGCUUGUGACUGGCUGCUCAUCCGGCCUGGGAAAGUCCCUCGCACGGGCCAUCUACAACGCCGGUCACCGUAUCAUAGCAACCGCUCGAGACAUCGCGUCGCUCUCCUAUCUACCAGACAGUUCGACCGUGCUCAAAAUCAAGCUAGAUGUGACAAGUCAAGAUGAUAUAUUCACAGCGUUUACCAAAGGGCUGGACACUUUCCAAGAGAUCAACGUCGUGAUCAACAAUGCCGGAUACGGCUUGAUGGGAGAUGUGGAAGCCAUCUCCGACUCUGACGCCCGUCAUCAACUCGAAACCAAUUUCUGGGGUCCAGUUCACAUAACCCAAGAAGCUCUUCGCGUCUUUCGAGAGGUAAACCCAAAAGGGCAGGGCGGUACUAUUGUCCAGGUCUCCUCGAUUGGUGGAUCUCUGACUGCGCCCGGUCAUUCUUUUUAUCAUGCGAGCAAAUUCGCGCUGGAAGGGUUCACCAAGUCCGUUGCAAAGGAGCUUCGUCCGGAGUGGAAUAUAAACAUGUUGAUUGUUGCCCCUGGGGGCGUGCGGACGAACUUUGCUACGUCAAGUUUGGGAGCACCGCCCCGACACCCGGCGUAUGAUUUACCGGAUGGAUCAUUUAGCCAAUUGGUUGAUUAUAUCAAAGCGCAAGACACCUGGAGCGAUCCGGAUAGCUGUGCUAAAGUGCUUUUUGAUGUUGUGGUUGGACAGCGUGAGCGACCGUUGCCCACUCGUUUGUUGAUGGGGGCCGAGACUAUCCCAUACACAAAAGGUGAGAUCAAGCAGAUUUUGGAAGAGAUAGAUGAGUGGGAAGGGGAGACUGCGUGCUGUUCAUUGGCUCCUUAA